AUGUUUAAAAGCCUUUUUCGUCCGCGACGAUCAAAUAAAGAGAAUGAAAAUCAAGAACAGUAUUUGCAACAACAACGACAACAUUCUGCCAAUGAAUUUGAACGCAAUUCAUCCUCUUAUAAAUCACUAAGAAGUGCGCGUGAAAAGCGGUCAUUCCACUCAUCUCAUCAUCAUCGAGGAAGUGCAGGUACUGCGGUGGAUGACGGUCUUCCUGCGUCCACAUCACCGUAUCAUAUUGCCAUCCAGAAGAAAUACCCACGCGGUACGCAGUCAUGCUAUGAUGGUCUCGGUGAUGACUUCGAUCGAUUUUCCACCAUGAAUAGGUCCUUUGUUAGUGUGACACAUUCAAAAUACAAGCCUUCACGCCGUGAAUACAUAAAUAUUAUGCGUCGUAGUCGUUUGAAUUCAGAAUGUGACAGUUGUAAUUUGUCACUGAACACUCCACUUCCCUAUAACAGAGACUUAGAUGAUUCGGAUGCAGAGACAUGGAAUUCGGAAAGGAUUAUUAAGGAACUUCGAGCCGAAUUAAGGGCUACAAACGAACGCAAGAAUUAUUAUAAAGAUUUGUACAAACGUGAACGGCAAGAUAGGAUACGUGAUCGCGAGUUACGUGAUUUGGUAGAGAAGAAACUUAUGGAUGAUCUCAGAAAUAAAGAAAUGGAAUGCUCUAAUAAUUUACUGCGAAUUAAAGUUCUUGAACAGCAGCUCCAGCAUCGCUCCAGUUUUCCGCCCACCAUUCGUGAAUCCUCCUUUCACGUUCCACAUUUCUGCACACCAUCAUCAUCUAAUACUGGAUCAACAAUGGCUGGAGCAGGCGAAGCUCUGUCCAGUACUUCCGAACUGUUUGCUGUCCGAAGUGCCUAUCUCAUAAAUCCUGUGUUCGGCAACACGGGAGUAGCAGGAACGGCAAAUGUAGUAGUAUCCGGCAAUCUCAGUGAAUUACCAGAUGAAAUGAAAGUUUUCCGACAACCUGAUGAAUUGCCGUUGGAAUUAGCACGGGAUAGCAGUAUCAUAGAUACGCCAUUUGAUGUUAGAAAUGAUAAUGCAAUAAAAAUAUCCGCCAAUUCGUCAGGCGUUUCUUUCGCAAAUCGUGAAAAUUUAAAUGGAACAGUACUGGAAGAAGAUCGUCAAUCUGAUAACGGUUAUGGCACCACUUCGGAAUGUGCCUCUGAGCUUGUUCGAAUUAUACGUCGGGUACAUAGUGAUUCUGAAAUACCACUGAAAGUCAUACAGGCAUAA